CAUAACAAACAAACAAACAUUAAGGGAAAAAUAAAGAUGAGGGCAAGGAGAGCAUCAGCAACAGUUCCUCCACGCCCCCGGUCCCUAGUGAGAGAAAAGAACUAAGAGGAGAAAAGAAAAGCUACAAGAAAACAAGAUCCACCUCGAACCUCUCUUCACCUUCAACCCUUCUGUGAAUUGUGACCCCCCCCCCCCCCACUUCAUCAUCCAUCAUCUCUUCUUUCACUUCUUCACUCUUCAUCUUCAUCUUCAUCUAAUCUUCCCAACCAUCCUUACCCCUCUUCCCUCUUUUCUGUUUCUCUUCCUUCUUCGGAUUCACAGACGGAUUUCUCUAUCUGCCUUUUCUUUAUUUCUCUUUCUUACUGUUGCUAAUCCUCUUGAUUCAUUUGGGUUUUCUUUACUUUCUGGACUUCUUUCCUCUUCUUGGGUUUUUCUUCAAAGGGGUAUUUGAACUGUUGACCAGGAGGAAGAAUAGUGAAUUGAGUUGGAGUUUUAUUUGGGGAAUAAUGAGAGAAGAACACUCGAAUUGGUUUUCUAGAUGGGAAGACGAGCUCCCAUCUCCAGAUGAAUUGAUGCCUCUUUCUCAAACCCUAAUAACCCCCGAUCUAGCUUUGGCUUUUGAUAUUCAGAAUCCCAGCAAUAGCAGUCCGCCGUUGCCUUGUCCGUCUCCGCCGCUUUCAAAUCCUCUCCCUGGUUCCGGCAACGGAAUUGUGCCGCCAAACUCCGCGGAUUUCGGCGAUUCUGCCGAUUUGGGCUCCGGAGCCGCCAGCGACGAGCCGGCUCGGACUCUCAAGCGGCCGCGCCUUGUUUGGACGCCUCAACUUCACAAGCGAUUUGUUGAUGCUGUUGCUCAUUUGGGUAUAAAAAAUGCUGUCCCCAAGACCAUAAUGCAGCUCAUGAGUGUCGAUGGGUUGACUAGAGAGAACGUAGCUAGCCAUUUGCAGAAGUACCGCCUCUAUCUCAAGCGAAUGCAGGGCUUGUCCGGUGGCGGCGGCGGCGGAGGUGCUGCCUUGGUUGGUUCAUCCGAUCCCGCUACUGACCAUUUGUUUGCUAGCUCACCAGUUCCACCCCAUUUGCUUCACUCUGCUCGCACCAGUUCAGACCAUUUCUUGCCCUAUGUUCCCAUGGCCACUCUGCAGCAACACCACCAUCACCAGCAGCAGAUGGCUGCUGCUGCUGCUGUCGCCGGCCAUACACAGCUCCAGCCGCCGUAUCAUCGGCAGGUUGGACAUUUUGGGUCGCCGCCAAAUGGUCAGUUCGAGCACCCAUUUUUAGCUAGACAGUCCCAGCCUAUCCAUAGAAUGGGAACACCAGUGCAUAAUUCUGUUCCUAAUUACAUUGAAGAUUUGGAAUCAGCCAAUGCCACUGGAGGACGAAAAGUCCUCACCUUAUUUCCUACUGGGGAUGAUUGAGCUUGUUUGUUCCUCUCCACUGAUCUUUUUAUGUUCUGUUCUAAUUCUUGUGAAAAUUGGUAUAAAUGUCUUAUGGGUCCGAUCUGAAACUCUUGAUGUUAUCUUAGUUGUUUCUAUAUAGUUCUUUCUAAUGUCCCCUGAUAUCUGUUUAGUUGGCUUGGCUGUUAUUAAAAUAUGAAACUCAUGACCCAAUCCAAAGUGUUCACUAGCUUACUCCUUUUACAAAUAGGUAGUAGAGAGACCCAUCCCUUUAAUGGUGGUACAUAGAGGGAGAUAGGGAGUUUAUCUUUAGUCUGUCAAGUUUCCCCACAUGUCCUGUUCUUUAUUGGUUGCUGUCUAUCAUAUCCGACAACUAGUUCCUCCACGAGUGGCUCCAACAUAAUAAUGCCAUUAGAUUUUCUGCUUGCAGUUCAGAUGUCAAGAGCUCGAGGGACAGAGGAUGAUGACGCAGGCACUUAAUAUCUAUCCCUAGGUCAGUUUUCUGCAGAGAUAGUAUUUCUCUCACUUGUAUAUUAUAAAAGUUGAAAAACUCAUAAUAUUUGAGCAUCUAUUUUAACAAUUCUGAGUUCAUUAGAAUGUUGGUGUAUUGACACUGUUACAUGAACAUUUUGAUGUGAUCAUUUUGACAUCUCAGUAAAUGAAUCCAUAUCUUUGACCUUCUUCCUUUA